AUGGCAUCCACUGCCCUACAGGUUUUGUUUAUUAGAAAAAGUUUGACACUUGAUUUAUUGAUUUUUUACAGAAGGCGAUCGAGCUUGUGACGAAAGCAACGGAAGAAGACACGAGAGGAAAAUACGACGUGUCACUCAGAUUCUACGAUCAGGCCAUAGAAUAUUUCCUUCAUGCUAUAAAAUGUAACUUUUUGUUCUUUGAAUAGCCUCAAAUUUAAUUGCUUUGUUUUAGACGAAUCGCAAGGAGAAAAGCAAAAACAGGCCAUCCGGAGCAAAGUGGCGACGUAUUUGAAUCGUGCUGAGCAGAUAAAGAAGUUUCUGAAAGAGGGAAAAGAACGAAAACCUGUCAAAGUAAGUAACGGGCAGGAAUUCGAAGAGCCCGCAUUUAUUUUCAGGACGGAAAGGAUGAUUCCGACGAAGAUGAGGACAAGAAAAAGUUCCAGGUAAUUCUGUUUUCUAACCUUGUACUGUCGAAAUAAACCGCUCUGAAAACGCCAGAACAGCAAUAGACAUUCUCUGUUUCCAAACUUCGAAAAGCGUUAUGAAAAGAAAUCUUCAAUUGUGAAAACAAGUAUGAUCCAUCCUCUCCCUGCUUUUUUUUCAUAUUUCUCGGUUUCAAGCUCCUCCAUAUUCCCUAAGCUCUUUCCACUUUCCCGUGGCACUCAGCGCCGGCAGUAAUUGAAUUCUCCGUGAGCACUCGGAACCUUUUUUCUUUUCAGGACAAACUCUCCGGAGCGAUUGUGAUGGAGAAGCCGAAUGUCAAAUGGUCGGAUAUCGCCGGUUUGGAAGGAGCCAAAGAAGCGCUGAAGGAGGCGGUCAUUCUGCCGAUCAAGUUUCCCCAACUGUUCACUGGUGAGUUUGCCUUUCGUUUAUUCGAAAACGUCGAAGGAACGCGGAAAAUGUAGACGGAACUAUGCAAGAAACUAAAAGAAGGGAAGGGAAUGACCGGGACGAAAGAGAGAAGGGAAAUCAUAUUCGUGUGGGAUAUGAAAGAGAUUUCUAAACAGGAGAAGUUACGGAAUGGAUACAAUGCACCGGGUGAUGAAGUUAGAUGAGCUGCGCCUGCAUGUUGUGUUGAUGCGCCACGUGGUGGUAUGCACCGGGCGGUGCUUUGUGUGUUCGGGCCGUCAGAGCCAUGUCCUCCUCUUUGAUAAUGAAGAUGCUGGCGCCGUAGAGGAUGGGAGCAAUAACGCAGGGAAAGAAGGCGAACAUCGUGCACGCCACUGUCCAUAAUGUGUCUUGGCUCAUUCUUACAGGGUCUGACGGGUCGAAAGCAGUAAGGAUGUAGAAGGGAAGUGCGUACAAAGGACUGAAAUGAAUAAUGGAUUAGAAAGUGUAGAGAGGUGAGCAAUCUCACCCCAGAAGGAAGAAGUAAACCAGGAAACGACUCUUGAAAAGCCCGAGUGAUUGGAAGACGAUCGGGCUGUGGAAGAGUAUUUGUAGGAUGCGGAAAUAGGCGAUGAACGAGAACAUUGCCGGGAUGAAGACACCGAAAAUGAGAGUGUAUGUGAGGAACUUGAGGCCAGAGUCAGAAUGUGAAAAGACACAUGUUCGCACGGCUGGGCCAUAGAUGGCAACGUGUCCAUUGGUCAGAGAUGGAAGCGAAAGAAGCCACGAGAUUAUCCAGGAGAGAAAGCACAGUUUAGUGGGUGAUAAUCCAAACAAUUGUUCGUAAUGAAUUCUUGCAAAUGUAAGCAAAUGAACACCCGCUAUGCACAAGUUCAUCAUUGCCAUAACUGUCCAAACGGUGACAGUGAUCGAGACCUGAAAAGCAGUGAUUGGCGGUUGUGCAAGGGGAUUGAAAAUCACCUGGAUACGACAUAAAAAAUUGCUUUCAUGGAAUAGGUUGACUCCGGUGAACACAUUGUGUAUAAUGAUUGGAACGAGAACUAGUAGAGCCACAAGAUUAGUGAAGCACAAAUGAGCAAUAAAAUGGGAUGAUAUGAAGUUGUGGUAGAGCUUCUGCACAAUUAUAUAAAUCAGCAGUGAAGCAUUUCCAAGUACGCCAAUUCCACUGAUAAUAGUGAAAAUAAGGGCAAGGAUUGGAGAAGGCGCCGAUGUGUGAGUAGAGUUGUAAUACUCUUCAUCUAUCUCGGAAGAGUUGAAGAAGCCGUACAUUCCUUCGCGUCUUCUACCUCGGUUUCGUCUAUUUUAUGCUGUUUGAAAAGAAGAAGGAUAUAAGGUUGAAAUGGGCAAAUGGGAAUCUGGAGUGGAUGGCGCUUCUCGCUCGUCCGAAUAGAGAAAGAACGAAAUGGGACGGGCGACAGACGCACGCUGUCUCGCCUCCAGAUGACUGCGUGCCAGAAGGAGCCCGAAGAAACUGGAGACGAGUGAGUGUGGCGUGAGCGGGUUGUGAGCGAGGCUUCGUGAGUGUUGUGAGCCAGUAGCGGAGGGAGCCGUAGUGGUGGCAGUCGCGGCGGGUGGCUCACUCGCUGACGCUCUGUUGUCUGGCUGCCCAACGUGCUCUUCUAUUCCUUCUCGCCCUUCCCCCUCUUGCUCCGGCUUCUCCCUCUUCUAGCUCUCCACACGCCGUCGACUCAUCUCGCCAUCGCAGUUUAUCUCUCAUGUUUUCCUCGUCUUUUUUUCGCUUCACUUCUUCGCCAACAGGCUUGACGAGCGUAGCUAUGAAGGAGCAGGCACUCUUUUGAGAAGAAGGAGAAGAAGAAAACAGAGUAGAUGGAGCGGGCACCCAUUUCGUCACUCGUUUUUUUGCCUCAAGCGUUAGGGCUUCGUAUCGACCAGUGGGAAACAGAGGACACACACACACACAUGUGUGUGUUUCUAUUUCGGUUCUCGUGCACUGCCACCCAUUCUGAUUAAAUUUUGAGAGUUUGGACGGCACGCAAAUGAUGUUCGCAAAGGAGAUGGGAAACGGAAAAAGGAAUCGCGAGGGGCUGUUGAAUACAGAAAUGAUAGGGAAUGGACGCAAUGAAAAAACGAUGAAUGUUUUCAGGAAACAGAAAGCCGUGGCAAGGAAUCCUGCUCUUCGGUCCCCCAGGAACCGGAAAAUCGUACAUCGCAAAGGCUGUCGCAACUGAAGCGGACAACUCCACGUUCUUCUCGAUUUCCUCGUCUGAUCUGAUGUCAAAGUGGCUUGGAGAAUCCGAAAAGUACAAAAUACUUCCGAAAAUUAUUUGUAUUUACCUGCUUCCAGACUUGUCAAGAAUCUUUUUGCUAUGGCCAGAGACCACAAACCGUCAAUUAUCUUCAUUGACGAGGUUGUGUCAGUUUUUCUAAAAAGUCUAAUCCCGAUUUCUCUACAGAUAGAUUCGCUUUGCUCUGCUCGUUCGGACAAUGAAAGUGAAAGUGCGCGACGCAUCAAAACGGAGUUCAUGGUGCAAAUGCAAGGAGUCGGUCUCAACAAUGACGGAAUCCUCGUGCUCGGUGCCACCAAUAUCCCAUGGAUUCUCGAUGCGGCUAUCAGAAGGUUGGUUCCAAAGAAGACGGGAUGUUGUUAAUCGCCAAUUUCCAGACGUUUCGAAAAGAGGAUAUACAUCCCGCUGCCAGAUGUUCAUGCUCGCAAAGAAAUGUUCCGAAUUGAUGUGGGAAAGAACUACAACACGCUGACCGAUCAGGACUUUAAAGCUCUUGCGGAGAGAUGCGACGGAUACUCUGGAUACGAUAUCAGCAUUCUGGUGAAAGACGCACUCAUGCAACCAGUCAGAAGAGUGCAAUCGGCCACGCACUUCAAGUUAGAUACAUCUAGCUGUUCUGCAUUCACACAUUCAUUAUUUCAGGCACGUAUCUGGGCCAUCACCGAAAGACCCGAAUGUGACUGUUCACGACUUGUUGGCCCCGUGCAGUCCAGGUGAUCCACACGCCAUCGCGAUGAGCUGGCUCGACGUUCCCGGAGACAAACUCGCAAACCCGCCGCUUUCAAUGGUACGCUUUCACAUUUGCUCACUUCGUGUUACAAUUCACUUUGUUUUUCAGCAAGAUCUGAUGAGAUCGUUGGCAUCGGUCAAACCGACAGUGAACAACACCGACCUGGAUCGUCUGGAAGCAUUCAAGAAUGACUUUGGACAGGACGGACAAGAGUAG